ACUGGAAGAAAUCGAAACUGAACUAUGCAAAAGAAGCGUAGGUAGGAAUAGUCAACCAUUUGCGUCAGAAUUGCGCCACGUUUCUACACCUCAGCUCAGCAGACGCAGUUCUACCCGGGACGAUGGCUUUAAAUCAGCAGCAACCUUUCUAUAACCCAAUAAUCCCCUUCACUGGAUCCAUCCAUGGGGGUCUGCAGGAGGGGAAGUCCAUCAGCAUCAGUGGACGAGUCAUGCCAAGAGCCGAUAGGUUCCAUGUGAACCUGCAGUGUGGUUCCGGGCCCAAAGCAGACAUUGCUCUCCACUUGAAUCCUCGGUAUGAUACCACUCCUGGUUAUGUGGUGACAAACUCUUUCCAGGCUGGCAGCUGGGGGAGUGAAGAGAGGAAGCCCAACUCCCCAUUCCCUGCUGGCUGUACCUUCAGCCUCAGCAUCACUCUGUCCCGUGAUUCCUACCAGCUGAACAUCAAUGGCUCCCACUUCAUGGAGUAUAGACACCGUAUCCCAUUUCACCGGGUGGACACCAUCGUAGUAGCUGGGAAAGUGGAAAUUUCCUCUAUUGCCUUCCAGAUUCCUAUGCCGGCGUUUGUCGCCCAGCCUGUGUUUGGCGCACAUGUAGCCUUUCCCACCAAUGCUGCCUUCCCUUCUUAUCCGGCGGCUCCACCGCAGUUUGGAUUCCCCUCGCAGCCAGGUGUCCCCUACCAGCCGGGAUUUCCCGCCCAGCCUGGAUUCCCCUCCCAGCCCGGAUUCCCCUCCCAGCCUGGAUUCCCCUCCCAGCCCGGAUUCCCCUCCCAGCCCGGAUUCCCCUCCCAGCCCGGAUUCCCAUCCCAGCCAGGAUACCCAUCUGCCAUGCCUGCUGUUCCAUAUAAGAGCCCCAUUGGGGGUGGACUUACAUCUGGAAGGACCAUCACUAUCAAGGGGAAGGUUCUCCCCAAUGCCACAAGAUUCAGUGUGAAUCUGAGCUACCCCUCUGGCAUCGCUCUGCAUUACAAUCCACGUCUAGACGAGAAUGUCGUGGUUCGAAACACCAAACAGGGCGAGCAGUGGGGCCCAGAGGAGCGUGGCGGAGGGAUGCCCUUCCACCGUGGGAAGCCUUUCCUGCUGACUAUCGGCUGUGAGAAACAGUCCUUCAGGAUUUUAAACAACGGGAUGCUGGCACACGACUUCAAGCAUCGUUUCACUCACCUCCAACGCAUCGACACCCUGGAGAUCAACGGAGACGUCAGCCUGACCUCCGUACAGUUGUAGAGAUCCAGGACCUGUGGAUGCUCUUCAUUAUCAUAUACCCAGAAUGCCGCCUAUUACAAAAACUAUUGCGUUUAUUAAUGAAUCAUUUCUACUUGACAUAUACUUUAUAUAUAAGUAAAAAUGUCUGUAUGAUUAUAUCCUGUACUCUUGCAACUGGGGAAACCCACUAACAUUUAUCAGGUGAAGCUGAAAAGUGAAUUAGUCAGUAGUACACACACUUAAUUCAGACGGCAACCAGAAGAGGUCCAACAGAAGAUUAGUCGCCAUCUAAAAAAGUGUUGAAACUAUAAUGUUUGUUAAACGUUGAAAUUAAAGUAGAAUAUUGCAACAUGU